UGACUACAGUAUAUAUAGUCAACGUGUUGUCUGCUGGCCCCGACAUAGUAGAGCAUAAUUACUCUGACAAUGGCUCCUCCAACUUCAAAUAACGCCGCUAUUUUGCGCGUUCGUCACGGUCAACACCAGAUUGUGACUCGGGCGACUCCUUCCAUCUUGUCUGAUGAAGUUUUGAUCCAGAUCACUGCCACCGCUAUCAACCCAGUCGAUUGGAAGCUCAGGGACGACUUCGGAGACAUGUUGACUUAUCCUGCUGUGCUUGGCUCCGAUGCGGCCGGGAAUAUUGCAGCAGUCGGCGAUGAAGUAACCACUCUCUCCGUGGGUGAUCGAGUCUUCUUCCAAGGCAUCAUCGGUAACAGCGAUGCUUCGACUUUCCAACAGUACUGCAAGAUGCCCGCCGUCCUCGUCGGGAAAACACCCAGCAGAAUUUCCGAUGAACAAGCUGGAGCUACUUCACUAUCGAGUAUGGCAGCUGCCACUGCACUCUAUUCGGAUACCGGAUUCGCCAUCCAACCACCGUGGACCGAAGGAGGCGAGCAGUCCGGACAGGGAAAGGCAAUUAUCAUACUGGGUGGAUCAAGUUCUGUUGGUCAGUAUGCCAUUCAACUUGCUAGGAUAUCUGGAUUUCAACGCAUCAUCACCAACAGCUCGAAAUCACAUUUCGCUGCCCUACAGCGUCUGGGAGCUACCGAGGUUCUGGAUCGUUCAAGUGCCACGCCUGCCGACUAUGCAGCUGCGACCCAUGGCCUGGAAGCCACCCACGUCCUGGACGCUAUCUCCAUUGAGACAACCACCCUUCUAGCAAUCGAUAUUCUCCAGCAACUAAAAGGCGGCGAUGUUGUGACUUUGCUUCCCAAAAUGCAGCAGCCAAUAAAACCACCUCAUCCCGACCCUCAAAGACCUGUGCACACAAAGCGGGUCGUUGGCUUAGGAUCUCUGCCUGAGAAUAGGCAUAUAUCUGAGCCGCUGAUGAACGCACUUGGAGGAGACGAUGGCUGGCUAGCUAAAGGGAUAUUCGUUCCGAUCAACGUUGAAAUCGUUACUGGAGGGCUUGCAGCUUUAGAGAUGGCUUUGGCAAAGAAUAAGAAGGGAGUCAGCGGGGUGAAAAUUGUGAUACGACCUCACGAAGGGUAAAUGCAAAUAUUGAUCCCCACUUAAAGAAUGCAUAGUCACUCUAUCUGAUUCAUGGUUCCAUAGCUUUGAUCUGUCACUGAAUUUAUGUUCUCACAAGUCCAAAGCACAAAACUGUCCUUGCAUCCAUAGCUUUCGCUCUUUGCUUGCCUCCAACAUACAUCUAAGUCCAG